UAUGUCAUAUAAUCUCUGGAAUGCUGUUCCGUAAAGCGUUGUUUGUAGGUCCAAAUUAGAGGCCUGUAAAAGGUAUUUGUUGUUGUGGGGUGUGAAAGCAGUCGAAAUAAAAGGUUGUGCAACCUUCGGGAAAGCUGAGUGAGUGUUUACUGCCGUUUUCAAAUAAGGAAGCAUUUCGGCAGUAACAAUGAGCUACAGAGAACAGGUGAUGAAAGGUGAUGUUCACAAUAUGAUGAUUGAUCCGACAACCGUCAACUCUAGAAUAUUUAUUGGAAAUAUACCACCAACUGAUGUCUCAAAGCAAGAUAUAGAAGAAAGGUUUGGGAAGUACGGACCAAUUCUUGGAAUCUCUGUUAACAGGAAGUUUGGCUUUGUGCAAUUUGAAAGAGACAGUAGCGCAGCCGAAGCAAUCAGAAAUGAAAACGGAUCAUUAUUCCGAGGCAGAAAAAUUGAGGUGAAUCCUGCAAGAGUGUAUGGCAAAAGACCACGCCCAAAUGAUGGACCGGGUCCAAGAAGAGCAGAUUCGGCAGAUCGCGCAGACUCUUUCCGGGACCGAUCACCUGUUGAUGACAGGUCUCGCGGUGACAGGCCCGACUGGAGGGACCGGGAGAGAGACAGAGACCGCGAUCGUGACCGUGACCUGGAGAGGGAGCAUGAAAGGUUUGAGAGUUACCCAAAUAAAGGUGGAACAGAUCGUGAUCGCAGUUAUUAUGGUGGGCGAGACACUGGUUUUGGGAACGAUGGUGUCUUUCCAAACACAGAUAAGUUCAUGCCCGGUCCAACAAGAGACGACAGAAUUGGCAGUUUUGGGAAGUGCAUGGCCAUUUCGAGUAAAGUGUCAGCUACAUCUGUCAGGAAGGAGCAACCUCCAUUUGGUGGUGCACCUUUCAGACCAGGAAUGGCAGAACCAAGGAACAUUCCACCUAAAGAUGUCCGACCACCAAGUAAUAUUCCGCCAAUGGACCGGACAAAUGAUUGUGAAAUAAUUGUCUGUAACAAGAGUCAGAGGGAAUAUGCUGAAUAUAUUGAACACUGGUUGAAAGGAGUUGGUCUUACUGUUGAUUUAUUAUUCCCAAAUGAGGAAGUGCCCCUAAGUAGGGUACUGGCAAAUAUAGCAAGCCGUGGAACAUUGUAUGCAAUAGUGGUUAUGCCACAGAAUGAAGAGCAUCGCAGUCUCACGUUAAACAUUCUUCAUGGCUUGCCACAAGAACAUCGAAAUAUGCCAUUGGAGGAUGCCAUCCCAAUGAUAGAACGUGACUUCAAGGCACACAUGCGUGGUGAGAAACCAGCUGGUCCACCGGUUCCGGGACCAACUCAAGGACCAACUGCUCCUGUGAGUGCAGGGCCGAGUGUGCCAGCUCCUAUAUCAGUGGUACCUGCAGCUCCAUCUGUAGGCCCUUCGCUGUCUGACAGGCAUCCAGAAGCUAUCCAGGUGUUGUUAAACCUGUUGGCAGACAACAGACAGCUGACUGUGCUUCAGUAUGAUCGCAUCAUUCGUUAUCUUCAGGACAAAAGAGAACUCCAGCUGAAGCUUGAACUUGGUGACGCUAAGGACAUGCCACCAGCUAAAGAGCCACCAGCAAAGCAGCAAGUGGAUUUACAACAUCGUAUUCUGAACAUUUUGAACAAUUCAAAUAGUGGCACUCCUGGCCACCCCAGCGGCGUUAUUGGCAAUAUGAGUCACCCCAGCGGCGCUCUUGGCAAUAUGAGUCACCCCAGCGGCGCUAUUGGCAAUUUGAGCCACCCCAGCAGCGGUAUAGGCAGUAUGAGCCACCCCAGUGCUGGUAUUGGCAAUAUGAGCCACCCCAGCGGUGGUAUUGGCAGUAUGAGCCACCCCAGCAGCGGUAUAGGCAGUAUGAGCAGUAUGACUGGUUUGAGUAAUCUCAACAACAUGAGUAACCUGGCCCCUGUUCCUCCGCCCACACCGGUGUCAGCACCAGCACCAUCCAGCUGGUCAAGUGGCUCUCAACCAAGCACUCCUGCACCUCUCCUGAAUGAUCCGGCUGUACAAAAGGCACUUGACAGCUUAAUGCAAGGCAACCUGCUCCACAAAAUUACACCAACCUCUGCUUCUGGCCAAAGUGUCACUGUAUCCACUUCGUCCACUCUCAGUACGCCACCAGCACAACCACUGUUUGGGGCAUUUGCCUCAUCUGGUCGACGAUUCUAGAUUUAUAUGUCAGUUGUAUCCUCUUGUUCCCCGCAUACCUUUGUAGGUAUAAAGUAGAUAGGAAUGACAGUGUAUAUUUUUAUUAUAAUUAUUUUAGAUCAUGGUGUUCAUGGAUUCAGUGUAGGACACUCAUUAUAAGUUAAGUCAUAUUUGCAUCUUUUUAACAAAAUGUUUCAUGGACUAUUGAUGUGGCCAAUAGUAUUUUCCUUUUUUUUAGUUAUGCUGAGAAGAAAAAAAGCCAUUUAGCAGGGAAAGUGCACACAUACAUAAAUAAACGGAGGGAGAGAGUGGAUGGGUGUUUGAUGGUUGCGUGUGGUUUGUGUGUGUUGACUUGCAUACAUAAAUUCUCAUGUAAAAGUGACAUACUGAAAUUCAUAUCUUGAGACAGAACAUGCAAACAUGCAGAUAUUUGUAAGCAGUCCAAGUCAUGUUUUUAAUUAAAUUAAUGGUAGUUGUGCUGACCCCAGUACUGUAGAAACUGUUUUGUUUGAAAGGAAAAAAAACAACAGAAGACUUGUUUUCCAAUGGACAAUUGUUUCUUUUGUGGUUUUUUUUUUUUGUUUUUUGUUUUUUCCCCCCCUUCAUAGUGAAUUUUCAUAAACAGCUUCAGUGUCAGUAUGAAUGUUGGCACAAAAAUGAUUACAUAGCUGCACAAAGCUGCAGGCAUAUGAAACGUGGAUAAUCUUAACAAAUAAUUAAUUUUCAAUUGUCAUGUAAAAUAUCUUGACUUAGUAGCUGACCACAGUAAAGUACAAAUUUGUUUAGAAUUUUUAUACUGUGUGUGACUGAAAAUGCCGACAUACUAACAGAAGGUACUGUGUACAGAUCUGUGGUUUUGUCAUCGUCAGCUGUGCAAAAUUUAAUCGCAUAUUCCUGUGAGUGAAUGCUUAGUAUCUCAGAUCAAAAUAUCAUGACAUAAAAUUAAAUUCGAAUCCAGUGUUAAAUUUUAUUUGCUGGAUGUUACUUGUGGAAUAUUUCAUUGUAUAGAAUGAAGAAAUAAAUGUAAUUUUUUCUAUGUUUAUCAUUUUUCAAUUUCAAAUAAAUGACUUCUUUCUUUCCACCAUACAUUUUCCAGGCACAUAAACUGUUACAAGAAUUAAUAAUUUUCAGGACUGUGUUAAAUGCUGCAUAGAGCACCUUUUUUAUAGAAGAGAUAAUGUUGUUCCACAUGCCUUCUCAGAUAGACAUUGAUAUUUUUGUCUGUCGGUUUGUGUGUGUGUGUGUGUGUGUGUGUGUGUGUGUGUGUGUGUGUGUGUG